CCCUCCGGCCGGGCGGGGCUCGGUACUGCAGCAAGCAUCCACCGACACACACACACACACACACACACACCACAACAUCCACCGACACAUCCACCACAGAACCAGAACCAGAGACACUACUCAAAGCACUUCAGACCAGGAGGACGAGACGGCACGAUGUUCGGGGGCGUGUCCGGGAAGAUUCAGAGGGACCGGCAGAGGGCCGGAGGUCUGGGCUCGGUCCAACAGGCCGUACGGUACCAGAACCAGGACUUUAAGGCCCUGAAGGAGGACUGUCUGCAGAACGGGGGCCUGUUCGAGGAUCCGAUGUUCCCAGCAGAACCGAGCUCACUAGGCUUCAAAGAACUCGGACCGUUCAGCGCCAAAACCAAAGGGGUGGACUGGAAGAGACCAACGGAGCUGUCAGAGAGCCCUGAGUUCAUUGUGGGCGGAGCCACGAGGACGGACAUCUGUCAGGGCGCUCUGGGUGACUGCUGGCUGCUGGCUGCGAUUGGCUCUCUGACUCUGAAUGAACGUCUGCUGCACCGUGUGGUUCCUCAUGGUCAGAGCUUCAACCACCAAUACGCUGGUAUCUUUCACUUCCAGUUCUGGCAGUUCGGUGAGUGGGUGGACGUGGUCAUCGACGACCGUCUGCCGGUCAAAGACGGAGAGCUGAUGUUCGUCCACUCAGCUGAAGGCAGUGAGUUCUGGAGUGCUCUGCUCGAGAAGGCCUACGCCAAGUUGAACGGCUCGUAUGAGGCAUUGUCCGGCGGCAGCACCACUGAAGGUUUUGAGGAUUUCACAGGCGGCGUGGCCGAGAUGUACGAGCUGAAGAAAGCUCCCAGAGAUCUUCAUCGUAUCAUCACCAAAGCUCUGGAGAGAGGAUCACUAAUCGGAUGCUCCAUCGACAUCACCAGCGCCUUCGACAUGGAGGCUGUCACCUUCAAGAAGCUGGUUAAAGGCCAUGCCUACUCUGUCACCGGGCUCAGACAGGUGGAGUACCGUGGUCGGCAGGAGCAUCUGAUCCGGAUCAGGAACCCCUGGGGUCAGGUGGAGUGGACCGGAGCCUGGAGCGACAACUCCUCUGAGUGGAGCUCCAUCGACUCUGCAGAGAAAGAUGAGCUGCUGUGUAAGAUGGAGGAUGGAGAGUUCUGGAUGUCUUUCCAGGAGUUCCUCCGUCAGUUCUCGAGGUUGGAGAUCUGUAAUCUGACCCCGGACGCUCUCAUUGAAGACUCGACCAGUUUUUGGAACACAACGGUGUUUGAGGGCAGCUGGAGGAGAGGAAGCACCGCCGGGGGCUGCAGGAACCACCCCAACACGUUCUGGAUCAACCCUCAGUAUAAGAUCUCCCUGCUGGAGGAGGACGAUGACCCGGAGGAUGACGAGGCCGCCUGCAGCUUCCUCGUGGCUCUGAUGCAAAAAGACCGCCGCCGCCACCGCCGCCACGGCCAGGAUGUGCACACCAUUGGCUUCGCCAUCUAUGAGAUUCCUGACGAGUACCGAGGCUGUCCAAGUGUCCACAUGAAGAAGGACUUCUUCCUGCGUCACUCGUCCUGUGCUCGUUCAGAGACCUUCAUCAACCUACGAGAGGUGAGCACCAGGCUCCGCCUCCCGCCGGGCGAGUACCUGAUCGUCCCCUCCACCUUCGAGCCAUCCAAGGAGGCCGACUUCGUCCUGAGGGUGUUCACCGAGAAACAGUCGGAGACCAAUGAGAUGGACGACGACGUGGAGGCCAUCUUUGAAGAUGAGGAGGAGAUCUCAGAGGGCGACGUGGACGACUCCUUCAGGUCCAUGUUCGCUCAGCUGUCAGGAGACGACAUGGAGAUCUCAGUACGAGAACUCAGAACCAUCCUGAACCGGGUCGUGUCCAAACGUAAGUUUUAUAAUAAUUAAAGGAGGAACAUGAUC